GGGCAAAUUGUGCUUCUGUUGGCCCUGGUGGGUAAUCUCGGCUUCUUAUGCACUCCAGCACCCCUAUCAGCUCCUUGUUCUCCUUCACCAGCCCUGCAGUGAAAAGGCUGCUGGGCUGGAAACAAGGAGAUGAAGAGGAGAAGUGGGCAGAAAAAGCUGUUGAUUCCUUGGUGAAGAAACUGAAGAAGAAAAAAGGUGCCAUGGAGGAACUGGAACGGGCUCUGAGCUGCCCUGGCCAGCCCAGUAAAUGUGUCACGAUCCCACGGUCCUUGGACGGCCGGCUGCAGGUGUCUCACCGCAAGGGGCUCCCACACGUCAUAUACUGCAGAGUGUGGCGCUGGCCUGAUUUGCAGUCCCAUCAUGAACUGAAACCCUUGGAAUGUUGCGAGUUCCCAUUUGGCUCCAAGCAGAAAGAAGUGUGCAUUAACCCCUACCACUACCGCCGGGUGGAAACCCCAGUGCUACCUCCUGUACUAGUUCCAAGGCACAGUGAGUUUAACCCUCACCUCAGCCUGCUGGCCAAGUUCAGAAACGCUUCUCUCCACAGCGAGCCGCUGAUGCCGCACAAUGCCACCUACCCCGACUCUUUCCAGCACCCUCCGUGCACCCCCUUCCCACCCUCACCCAGCCACAUGUUUUCCCAGUCACCCAACAGCAUCAGCUACCCCAAUUCACCAGGAAGCUCCUCUGGACCAGGAAGCCCAUAUCAGCUCACAGUGGAAACUCCACCCCCGCCUUACCAUGCAAGAGACUUUUCAGGAAUCCAUAAUGGACGGUCAAUGGAUGCAAUAGCUGAAAGUCAACUAGUGCUGUCUUUGCCCCAUGGAGGUAAAUCUGCCGACGCAGACACUGAAAACUUUCGCCCUGUUUGCUAUGAGGAACCCCAGCACUGGUGCUCAGUUGCCUACUAUGAACUCAACAAUCGGGUAGGGGAGACUUUCCAGGCUUCCUCUCGAAGUAUCCUUAUAGAUGGAUUUACAGACCCCUCAAAUAACAGAAACAGGUUCUGCCUAGGACUGCUCUCGAAUGUAAACCGCAACUCUACUAUAGAAAACACCAGGAGACACAUAGGAAAAGGUGUUCAUCUUUACUAUGUCGGUGGAGAAGUUUAUGCAGAAUGUGUGAGCGACAGCAGCAUUUUUGUGCAGAGCCGCAACUGUAACUAUCAGCAUGGUUUCCACCCAGCCACGGUCUGCAAGAUCCCCAGUGGCUGCAGCCUCAAGAUUUUCAAUAACCAGCUCUUUGCCCAGCUGCUUGCCCAGUCGGUCAAUCAUGGCUUUGAAGUGGUGUAUGAGCUGACCAAGAUGUGCACUAUUCGAAUGAGCUUUGUUAAAGGCUGGGGAGCAGAGUAUCAUCGCCAAGAUGUUACAAGCACACCCUGCUGGAUUGAGAUCCACCUGCAUGGACCAUUGCAAUGGCUGGACAAGGUGCUGACACAGAUGGGCUCGCCUCAUAACCCCAUCUCCUCCGUCUCUUAAGAGUCAUCUCUUGAACUACCUUAGGGUGGAUGCUGUUGCAGGCAGUGGCUUACAGAAUUUCCAGUGAACAGAAGCUUCUAUAUGUAGAUGUAUGUAGAUGUAAAUAUAUCUAUACAUAGUCUACUCUCCUAUUUUUUUCAUGCUAUGUUUUGUGGUUUCUAGCUAUUCUGAUGCCAGUACAGUAAGUUUAGAAAUUCGGGUAUAGCAUAUCUGUUCUCUAGUACAAAAUAAGCCAAAUUCCUGCAAAAGUGUCGGACAUUUCCUAUGAAUAUCUUCAUUUGUCAGCCAAGCCAGUAAAAGGUGAGAAUUAUCAGCCCUUCUGUACAGAUAUUCAGAAACCUGGCUGUAGCUGUUCCUAGUAGGUGAAAUUCACCCCUCUGCAGGCAACCAAAGUCAGAUCUCUGCGCCAUAUAUUGUCUGAUAUCCUGAUUUCAGGUCUAAAAGAGAACCUUAAGUGGUGCACAAGAGUUAUGGACAGAGGAUGACUUUUAUCCAGUGAACUGAAGGACUACACAGCAGUUCCAGUCUGUCUCCCUACUGCAAAGCAAAAUGGGACUACAGAUCCUCUGAGGAGCUGAGACACCCCUGUCACCCACAGCAUGUGGCAGGAGGAGGGAGGGAACCCUCAGGGCACAUUCAGCACUGCAGCCUUAUCAGAGUGUUCUGGACAAAUUCAAGUAGUCUGAUACUGUUGACAUAGUAGUGUAUGGUACUGCUGCACUGAAAUACAACAAGCUCCU